AAAAAUAUAUAAAUUUACACAUGGAAUCAAUAUUAGAUAUAGAAAAUAAUAUCAAUAUCAAUAAUAAUAAUUAUAAUAUUAAUAUUGAUAAUAAAAAUAAAAAUUUUAUUAAAGAAAUUAAUAGUACCUUUAAAGAUUUAAAAAAUUAUUGUAAAAAUGAUUCAUUAUUAUAUAUAUUUUAUAGGUUAAUUCAAGCAGAUUAUAAUUUUUAUCAACAAUGUUUAGGUAUUUUUGAAGGAAUUGUGGGAAUUCAUUUUAAAAGUUUUAUUUUAAUACCAAGGGGUUCAUUUGCCACUAAAACAGGUUUGAAAUCAACAAUAGAUUUGGAUUUAGAUUUUAUAUUACCAAGAGAAUUUGUAAAACCAGAGGAUUUAAAUUCAACAUUGGAUUUUCCUUUAUUGUUAAUUGAAAUAAAUCAAAUUAUAUCAAAAACAGCAACCAAUAAACAAAUAACAAUUAAAAGUAUAAAUAAAAAUAUUACAAGAAGUUUAAAAUAUGUUUUCACAGUUGAGGGUAUCGAGGUUUCGGUUGAUUUAUUCCCAAAGUUGGUAUCUAUAGAAGGAAAAUUGGUGUGUCCAAGUCACUUUAAAGAUGAAACAGGUAAUAGGUAUUGGGAAUAUUCAAAUUUUAUAAGCGAAAUAGAAAAACCACAAUUCAAGAAUUUCAAAUAGCAGCAAUACUUUUUAUUAAACUUUAUAAAAAAGACAUUUUAGAAAAAGAAUUAAAAAAGAACCCAAAUAUUG